AUGACUAAAGAUAAAAAACAAGCUCAAAACGAUGAAGCUAUGGAUACAAGUGCAGCAAAUGGUGAUGAGAAUGGUGCAGAAAACUCAGGUCCAAGUUAUGAAGAUAAAUUUAAAUACAUGAAUGCAAUGGCUUCACCUAUUGCACCAAAAAAAUUAGCUAAAAAAGUGUUUAAAGUUAUCAAACAAGCAACAAAACAAAAAAACUAUGUUCGAUUAGGUUUACGUGAAACACAAAAAUAUAUUCGUCGUGGAGAAAAAGGUCUUGUUGUUUUUGCUGGUAAUGUAACACCAAUCGAUAUUUAUAGUCAUAUGCCUGUUGUUUGCGAAGAAGCAAAUAUUCCAUAUGUAUUUGUACCAUCAAAAGAAGAUUUAGGAAGUAUAAUUCGUGCCAAUCGAACAUGUUGUUUAUUAAUGGUUCGUUCACAUGCUGAUUACAAAGAAUUGUAUGAUGAAAUUAUUGAAAAAGUCAAUAAACUUGAAUCCGAAAUUGUUAAAACCGAAUAA